UGUCACUGUGAAGAUCACGUACAAUAAAUGUCACUGCGUUUGUCAGUAAAGGAGAAACAUUAUAAGAAUAUCGGACAAAUUCAGUUGCUGAACAAGACAAUGUCUGACAAGAACCAAACCUCAGACCUUCCUGAUGCACACAGAGGGCGUCUAGAGGAAAACCCGAGCACUGGGCUAUUAAAUGUGAAGGAAGAGGAUGAGACAGACGACAUGAAUAGUCAGACUGAAAUACAUUGUUCCCUCCCUGCCGACGAAGAUAUAGUGAAAGUGGAGAUAACAGAAGAUCUGUAUGCAAGUCAUCAGCUUGGGGCCCCGGAUGACGAAACCAGUGACAGUAUCAGCUCAGGGCGUAUGGAUGUGGCGCCUUCAGAUGACUCAGCGGUUGACCACGGAGAAGAACCGUAUGUGUGUGAUCAGGUGAAGACUGAGGAGGAGGAAGUUCCUAUAAAUACGGCUACAGGAUAUGACCUUGUUACAAAGACUGAGUGGAACAAUGAGCCAUAUGAGUACAGUUUCCCAAUUUCCGACGGUAGAUACAGAGACUAUGAUAACCCUAGUUUGAAUCUUCAAAAUCUAAGAAAUCAUGAUGGAAAUGUAUGUUUUAUCCAGAAAAAAAGUCAUACAGACAAGAAAGCGUUUUCAUGUUUGGAAUGUGGGAAAUCUUUUACUCAAAAACCGCAUCUUAUUACUCAUCAGAAGAUUCAUACAGGAGAGAAACCAUUUUCAUGUCCUGAUUGUGGGAAAUGUUUUACUCAGAAAUCGAAUCUUAUUACUCAUCAGAAAACUCAUACAGGACAGAAAGAAUUUUCUUGUUCAGAAUGUGGAAAAUGUUUUUCUCUGAAAUUAACUCUUAUUAAUCAUCAGAAGAUUCAUACAGGGGAGAAAGCCUUUUCAUGUUCUCAUUGUGGAAAAUGUUUUACUCAGAAAUCAAAUCUUGUAACUCAUCAGAAAACUCAUACAGGGGAGAAAGCAUUUUCAUGUUUUCAGUGUGGAAAAUGUUUUCCACUGAAAUCACAUCUUAUUGUACAUCAGCAAAUUCAUACAGGAGAGAAAGCAUUUUCAUGUUCUGAAUGUGGGAAAUGUUUUACUCAAAAAUCAACUCUUAUUACUCAUCAGAAAAUUCAUGCUGGAGAGAAAAAAUUCUCAUGUUCAGUAUGUGGGAAAUGUUUUACUAUGAAAUCGUAUCUUAUUACUCAUCAGAAAACCCACACAAAAGAGAAAGCAUUUAUAUGUUCAGAAUGUGGGGAAUGUUUUACUCGGGAAUCGCAUCUGAUUAGACAUCAAGCCUUUCAUACAGGAGAGAAAGCAUUCUCAUGUUCCGAAUGUAGGAAAUGUUUUACUCGCAAAUCAUAUCUUAUUACUCAUCAGAAAAUCCAUACAGGAGAGAAAGCCUUUUCAUGUUCUGAAUGUGGGAAAUCUUUUACUCAAAAAUCACAUCUAAUUACUCAUCAGAAAAUUCAUGCAGGAGAGAAAGAAUUUUCAUGUUCUGAAUGUGAGAAAAGUUUUACUCGGAAAUCAACUCUUCUUGCGCAUAAAAAAAUUCAUACAGGAAUAAAUGAAAUUGAUCUACAAAUUGUGACUGUUUAGAACUAUGUAUACUUCUGAGAACCCUUGUGAAGGCUACCUUCCAAUUUAUUUUUGUUAUCUAAUUUGUUGAAGAAACAGUAAUGCACAUGAGUGAGUCAAUAAUAUGAGGCAUAUAUAUUCAUCCACCAAGCCACAGCUACUGGUGCUACAUAGGCAUGCUUUUCAACAAAAGAUACCAAGAUAAUGGAAAGUUGUUUAAAAUUGCAUGCUCUAUCUAAAUCAUUACAAAAAAGUUGUUUCACAUCCCUUUAAGCCCAGUAAUUUUGUAAAACCCCUGGCAGGGAGCAUAGCUCAUUUAGAAGUUCUCUCAGUUUAGAAAAACAAUGUUAAAUUCUAUAGAUUUAAACUCUGUUCAAGCUAAUCAAGUAUAUAUUGCUGGCUGUCUCCGGGCUGUUGAUUGUUAACUGUGCCUUAAGGCUACAAUUCUAAGUUUCUUUUCACCCGGUGCCUGAGAAGUUAUUUUACUGUUGAUGAUAACAGAUCAGAAGAACUAAAUGUACAAGUAUGUUUGUUUUACUUGGUCACACUUCGCCAGUUUAUGUGUUUCAGCAGUUUCACUGGUUUAAAUGAGCAGUGUUUAGUAAAUGUGAGUACUCGGAUCUGGCUGUGAUUUGCAGCUCUGCACUACAUACUUUGCCUACUAAACUGGUGCUGAAGAUCUGUUCUACAUUGUUGUAUCUGUUAUCAAUUACACAUAUGAUUUUAUAAUACCUGUAUAUCUGUUUUGUUUGUUUUCUUAGUUAAAACAUGAGGUGAACAACAUUUUUUGACAUAAAUGCUCAAUUUCUAAAUAAAAACUCACUUUUAAAUCUCAGAA